UGUCAAUGGUGGACAAAACUGACAACUCACCAGGCUCAUCAUAAUAAUUUCAGUGAUCUCACAUUAUUUGACAGAAACACAGGACGUUAGUCGCUGAUUAUAGAAAGGAAAUAUGGCCAGUCCAAGAACAAGAAGAGUUUUAAAAGAUUUGAGGAUCAAAGAUGAGAGUAAUUCUUGUUUUGAAUGUGGAGCCCACAAUCCCCAGUGGGUGAGCGUCACCUAUGGAAUCUGGAUUUGUCUCGAAUGUUCUGGAAAGCACAGAGGUUUGGGCGUUCAUCUUAGCUUUGUACGCUCAGUUUCUAUGGAUAAAUGGAAAGAUUUGGAGCUGGAGAAAAUGAAAGCCGGAGGAAACAGGAAAGCAAAAGAUUUCUUCCGAUCCCAAUCUGACUAUACUGAGGGAAUGUCAUUACACGACAAGUACAACUCCAAGGCCGCAGCUCUGUACCGCGACAAGAUCGCUACAGAGGCUGAAGGCAAACCAUGGAACAUCCAGACAUCAUCAGCGAGGAAUUACGUAGCAGCCAUGCCACAAGCUGGACUAAAGUCAUCGUCUAGCUCAAGUCGUAUGUACACAGACAACUCCUGCUCUGAUAACCAGAGUUACCAGAAGGAUAUGAUCAACAGUGAUGACUUUAAGAAACAGAGGGAUGGUUUCUUCGACAGAGUACAGCUAGAGAAUGCUGAGCGUCCAGAUCACCUGCCACCCAGCCAGGGAGGGAAGUAUGUGGGAUUUGGGAGUUCUGCCGCUCCAACAAGAAAGGAUGACGACUUCUUUGAAAAUACAUUUUCUUCUAUUCAGUCUGGGUGGUCAACAUUUACAGUCGGAGCAUCCAAAAUGGCAGCCGUGGCUACAGAAAAGGCAUCACAUGUAGCGAAUCUUACUGCAGCCAAGACCAAGGAACUCGGCCAAUCAGUCAACGAGUCUGUCAUCAAACCCACUAAGGACAAGGUAAAAGAAGGACAACUGUUGAAUGAAGUCGGCAGCUCCAUGAGUGGCUUUGCAUCAAAGCUGUCGUCUGCCAGUUCGAAGGGAUGGACCAACUUCCAGUCUCUGUGGGGGGAGCCUAAGACCACCUUGUCAUCGGUGGACACCAGUCCGGGGGAGAAAUCCUCUCUGCUCACAGACAAUGCGUCUCCACAGAGAGAUCCAAGUAAAAAUCGUCUUUUGUCGGAUGAGGAUUCGUGGGACAGCUGGGAAGGUGACUGGCAGGACGGCAAGAAAAAACAGAAGAAAUUACAAUCCGGCGAUUACAACGAUCAGAGUUUUUCGGAGGACAGGAAUACGGAAGAGGAUGAAUUCGAAGCAUGGCUUAAUGAUGAGAAGCCCCUUCAAUCAAAGUCUUCAAAACCCAAAAAGGAUGAGAGUGAGUGGGACAACUGGGGCGAAUCAGACAAUAAAGUAAAUAAAAGUAAAAAGUCUAGUCCUAAAAACCAAAGUAAAAAGUCUUCCAAGACAGCCAGCAAGAGUAAUGAAGGCUGGGACGAUGCAGACUGGGGUGACGGGUUCUCCUCCCCCAAGAAGCAGAAGGAGCCACUGGUUGGAAACCUUGUAGACCUCGGAGAGGACACUCCCUCACAAACCAAUGGAAAUUCAGGUUGGGACAAUGAAGUCUGGGCUAACGAUGACGACAUGGAUGAGUGGCAGAGUCUAGAUUUGGGCACAACAGAUUCUAGUAAACGGAAAUAAGUCGGUUAACCUGUUAAAGCUUCAUUGAGUAACGUUGGAUCAGUAGACAUGUACAAAUUUGACUGGGUUUAUGAUGUGUUCAGUGUAUAUGCCAAAAGUUGAAUGUGAUAAAAAGUAUUGUUAUUGCUUUGUGCGAAUGAUGUGUUGUGUAAAAGUGGAAACAAACUGAACAUGGGGGCCAAUAUGUUGUUGGAAGGGAUGGAUAUUGUUUAAGAUGGCUUGCUGUGGUAAAUAUAGGACAGUUUAGCAACGUGAUAACAUUACGUAUGUUUUCAGUCUGUAACGUUUCUUGUCGGUGUUGUGUAUUAAAUCCCUUUCUAAGGUACGAAAUGGUAUAUUGUCUCUACUUAAAAGAGAGAGAAAACAAUAGUAUUUUUCUUUUGAUAAAACACUUUUUUCAACAUUGGUUAGUGACAUAAAGUGACGCAGACCUGGGAUACUACUGUUUAUUCCACCCCAGAAUCUGUUCAUAUUUCACCCCAGAAAGACAGGAUAGCUAUCUUCAUAGAAUAUCAUUUCAUGCAUUAUUUUCGAAGAUUAUCACACAUCAUAUGUAUAGCAUCGCUGAUAGAAUUGCAUGUAAAGAUACUAUAUUCUUUCUUCUUUGUCAUAUUAGGAAGUUAUUUAUCUCACCAUUGGUUGAUCUUGGGAGGGUACAGGUGACUUUUGGGCUCAUCACUUAUUUUUGAAGCAAAGAUUGGAUAUUUUGUCAAAUUGAGAACCCAGAAGUUCCCGUUUCUUGGUUUGAAUCUCAGUCACUUGUUCGAACCCCUCCAUUAGUCCGAACACUUUGUCUGCCACUGAUUUUUAAUUCAACAUCAUGAAAAUAUUAUUAAAUUUUAAUUAAAACAGAAUCCACAUAUAUUUUUUCGGCUAAGUCUUUUAUGGAAAUUUCAUUUGUAUGAUAUCAUCAAAAAUACUGUGGAUUACUUAUAAUAAUAUUUGUUUUAUCAACUGAUCUUCCAUUGCUUACUUGUGAGGUCAUCAUUUUGCAUUUCACUCAACACGUAUUUCUUAUAUUGGGUAUAAAUAGUCUACAGUAUUACAUUAAAGAAAGAAUGUCUUUCAUUUUGAAAUGUAUUUCAUCCCAGGUGUUAACCAUUAUAGCCAAGGAAAACGUUCCGGUACAUUGGUGAGUACAUAGGUGAUGUACUCUUAUUUGGAAAUAUUUAAAUGAUUAUUGAGUUUUGUUUAUUUGUAAAUUAGUAUUUAUUCUUCUUGGAGCUGUUUUAUCAGUAGGACAAGAAGAUUUGAUUCUAAUCAGUAGCACAUAGAGGUAAGGGAAGUAACUCUUAAUAUAUUUCUUGCGAAUGCUGCUGCUACUAGUAUUAUUAUAGUUAUUGUUAUAGACGUUGAAUAAAUUCUGAAGCUGUAACUAGAAAUUCUGUCAUAACCUUCGCUGCUAAAUUACGAAUUAUAGUUAAAUCAUUCACCCCUGAAAUUUCAUAAUGAACUAUUCCAACCUUUGAAUCGGAAGAGUUUAAAUGUGUCUUCAGGGGUAAAUGAGUUAACUGGUAGUAGUUAUCAUCCUCAAACACAUCUUAUAUUCACUGUAAUACUUGUUUCAUGCCUUCAUCUCUUGUGAUUCACUUUUACAUUGUGUUAUGUCGAUGUGUAAAAGAAUUUUUUGAGAUUGUUUUCCCUUUCCCGGUUAUUGCUAAAUUGACCGUUACACCUGUCUUGGUUACCAUGAUGAGAGCAGGACAGGUAUCCGUGUUUCCAUCAUGGAAGGAGUAUCAACAGAUGGAGACAGGGUUGUGUCUGUCCUAUUGUAAAAGGUGAUCUGAUGUAAACAUAUGCAUACCUGUCAUAACUAGAAUCUGAAUGCUUAAAACAUCUUCAAUUAAGCUGUGUUUCAAUUUAUUUAGAUAUGUUCUGUUGAUUAGUAUCAAAGGGAUUAGGUAUAAGUUCUUACAGGCUGAUCUGUGUUUGAUAUACUUAAUUGACAAAAAUCACAAAAAGAAACCUUGAUCAAGUAAAUGCAAAUAGUGUUACAUAUACCCUUUCAUAAGAAUAACAACAUUUUAUGAAAGUAUGAUGUAUGCAACACACAUUUUAAUCCACUGACUGUAAGUAACUGUGAGAGUAUAUUUCAAUAUCUCCUGUACUUGUUUCCAUGGUAACCACACAGUCAUCAACCAUUUGGUGUUAUCGUUACCAUGGUAACUACUAAAUUAUUCAGAUUUUCUACUGUGACCCCGCCUGUAGUUGCCGUGGUAACUGCUCACUUAUCCAGUAUGACUUUCCCCUGAGUGCUGUAGUUACCAUGGUAACUUCUGAUAUAUCCUCUGUGACACCCCCAACCCCCCCACUGCGUACUAUAUUUCUGACAGAUUUGCACAUGCUAUAAGUGUAACUUAUUUAUGCUCCACAGACUGAGAUGAUGAAUGGAAUUCAUGAUUUACAAUUUUGACUCAAAAGUUUAUUUAUUGGGUCUGAUAGUGCAAUUCUGCUAGUUUUUGAGACGUUUUUCUAUGUAUGUAUUGUCUGAAAGGUAUAUAGAUUGUGGAUACCAUUGUUUUGCUUGAACUAUUCCCACUGUUGUAACUGCUUUGUCGACAACUGUAUGUGUUAGUGUUUCGUUAGGAAACAUAAAAUAAUAUGUUAUUACUAGAUCCUUGAGAUUAAUUAUUGGUCAAAAUCUCAAAAUAUUGUUAAAUUAUUUCAUGAUACUUAAACUGGUCUUCUAGUGAUUUUGAAGAUGCUUUGAGUAGAGUUUGUGCUGCAGGAAAGGUCAUCGAUGGAUUUCGGCAUGUAGGUAUAAUCUGGUAUUUAUAUACAUAUUACUAAUGAUACUUGACUUCUAGAGGUAAUAUCUACAAUACUGUACCAUGAUAUUCCUGCAUAAACUUUCCACCUAAUUGAAGGUGUAUAUAAAUUAUGUGGAAUGAAAUUGGUUGUUGAAACUGUCUAUGAAUAGUUAAGUUGAUCAAGAUAACGUAACAUUUUUUUUCAUGGUGGCAUUUUAAGUUAGUGAAAUUUUAUAGAUUAUUUCACCAUAACUUGUUAUAAAUUCCAUCAAUAUUUGAAUUUAAUUUUUAACAGCAAUAAUUUAUCAAACUGAAGGUUGUAAACGUUUUUAUUAGAAGAUUUCACUAGAACACCAUAUAGACUAAGGGAGACAACUGUGGGAUAACUAGAUGACACAGACCAAGGGAGACAGCUGUGGGAUAACUAGAUGACACAGACCAAGGGAGACAGCUGUGGGAUAACUAGAUGACACGAUUUAAAGUUACACAUUAUUUCAUGUAUAUAUAGGGAAUAGGAAUGUUGGAUAAUGUAAACAUAUUUUAUGCAGCCCUGGACUAGCUUGAAAACACUUGCCCUUAACAAUAUUUAAUCUGAAACAAAUUUAUUCUGUUUAAGAUAAUAAAUCUAUCAGAAUUGUGAUAAGGUCAGAUAAUAGUUGUCAUAUGUUGCUUGUUGAAAAUAAUACAAAGAUAACCUACACAAUAAUGCUUAAGAAUUUGUAUAGGGGGCAUAUUACAGAGUAAUUCUGUAAGCCAGUGAUGCUUUUCCAAUCCAUGUACAAAGAAAAUUGUUGACAUGUUGGAUUGAUGUUAUUAUUAUAUAUAUAUGACUGUCAUGAAAUUGAAAAUUUUGGGUGACCAUACCAUCUCUUAGAGGGCUUGUUGCCCCCGAGAUGACCCUGAGUAUUUCAUUACAGCGCUUAUUACUAUAAAAUUUAUACAUAAGAUAUGAAGUAUUCCUAAGGAACAGCUUUGUUUUAUAUAACAGCGAUACUGCUUGUCUUUAUUUGUCGUCGUAGGUAGCACAUGUUUAUUGUCCUGGCGAGUAUGCUUAGCUCACAGGGAUAUGUACAUUUGGACAAUAAACUUGUGCUAUCUGAAACGAUAAAAACAUGGAAUUACAGCUAAUUUGCAGGUAAAAGGUAAAAAAAAAAAAAGACCAACAUGCAUUGAAGUUUAUGAAGACGGACACAGUUCCAGGUUUGUCUUUGUUAUGUCAUGUUUAUCUACUUAAUCUACACACUUAUAAGUCGUCAACUGUUGUACACAUGUAACAUUGUAAAUCAAUGGUAUAUAAUGACUAUGUUCUUGUCUCGAUAUGGUGAAUACUUUUGUUGAUGAUAAAUGUAACUUGAAAUAUUUCCAAGUUAUAUUAAACCAUAUGCGAGUACAAUAUGAUUAUACUUAUAUUGAACGUGAAAUGAAACGUAAAUAAAUUCAACAUCAAUUGCU